AUGGCGCCCCUCGAGCUCGCCGACACCGUGGUCGACGCCUCGUCGGGCGACUCUUUCACUCUGCUGAAGCAGCAGCUCGAGUUCGACUUUAGCUUUGCACCGCUCCGGGUCAAGGGCCUUACCACGCUCGACAUCCAGCCAGACAAGGCGCAACUGCGGGAAAUUACGCUGAAUUGCCGACAACUGAGACCGACCAGCAUCCGCAUCGAGGGAGAAAAGGCCGCCUUUAGCUACUCGAACCUGCACCAGCGCCUGACGCUCUACCCUGGCACCGACCUCGAACAAUAUCAUUUUAUCAAACAGCGCAUAGCGCGACAUGCUUCGGGCGGCGAGGAUGAGCUGUACAUUGUGGUGCCUGACCGGGUCAAGAUUCGGGAAGUGAGGCCUUCAGAGGCCGGCAUGACGGACGAUGCCCCGGGUACCUUUUACGCGCCACUCAAGCUCGAGAUUGAGUACGAACUAGAUGAUUUCCGGGAUGCGCUCCACUUUGUCGGUGUCGAGGAUGGAGACUCUCGCUUCCCGCAUGCCUACACGCGCAACUCGUCCUUUCCCGGUACUGCGUCCUGCCUGUUUCCGUGCGUAGACGACGGCGAGACGAGGUGCAUCUUCGACGUAUCCAUUCGCUAUCCGCGGACGCUAGGCGAUGCUCUCAGCAAAUCCUCUGCCUCCAAUGCGAGCGCCCAUGCGCCCGCUGAUGGAGUCGAGAAGGCCGACAGUGUCAUGCUGGAUGUGGACGACGAGCAAGCCGAUCUGUCCGAGGAAGAAAAGGCCAUGGAAAUGCAGGUCAUUUGCUCUGGAACGCUAACAGAUGACAUCCUCGACCCUGCCGACCCUGCACGAAAAACUGCGAGCUUUUCAUGCGACACCCCCGUUCUUCCACAGCACAUUGGAUUCGUUAUUGGGCCCUUCGAGCAUGUCGACCUCUCCGAAUACCGCGAUACCCUUGACGACGAACGCUUGGGCGAGAAUGCCAUCAAGGUCCACGCUUUCUGUUUGCCAGGCAAGGAGAAUGAAGUCCGGAAUAGCGCCAUGAUGCUUGCACGAGCCCUGGAUUCCUUUACCGAGCGUUUUCAGAGUUAUGCCUUUGGUAAUUCGUACAAACUCGCAUUUGUAGACGAUCUUGAUUGCGAUACGGCGCACACGGCCUCGUUCUCGAUCUGCAGUUCGCGUCUGCUGUUUCCGGAGACCGUUUGGGAGCCACUCGAGCACACCACCCGGGUGUUGGUGCAUGCGGUAGCCAGCCAGUGGAUAGGAGUUGAUGUCAUUGCCCACCAUCUGCAAGACUACUGGAUCAUCGUCGGUGGCUCAUGGUUCAUGGCCGAACUCUACCUCAAAGAGCUCUUUGGCCGGAACGACUGGCGGUUCAGGCAAAAGCUGAUGGUGGACAAGGUUAUUUACAUGGACCGAAAACGCCCGUCACUCCAGCAGCUAGGACAGCACAUACAGCUCGAUCCUCGCGAAGUCGAAUUUAUGGAACUGAAAUCGCUCAUGGUCCUUUCCAUAUUGCACAACCGCCUGGUAAAACAGAGCGGUAAGAAUGGUGUUGACCGGUGCCUGUACCGAAUGCUGUUCAAUGCCCGUCAAGGCAAGUAUCCCAAUGGCGCCAUCACUACGGACGACUUCCUUGAUAUUUGCGAGAAAGUGGGACACCAGAAGCUCGAGUCCUUCUUUCAGCAAUGGAUUUUUGGCUCAGGAUGCCCUACGUUCCACUGCGUUCCUUCAUUCAACAAGAAGAAGCAGGUGGUUCAGCUUACCAUCAAGCAGCUCCAGGCCGACUCAACCAUUACAACAUUUGACAACGGCCUUGCGGCAGAUGACUUUAUGCGCGAAGCAAAGGAGAAGGCUCGUGGAUUGCCAUCAGGAACAGGGUAUCCUACUUUUGUGGGCCCGAUGACAAUUCGAAUUCAUGAGGCUGACGGAACACCUUACGAGCACAUCGUCGAUAUCAACUCCAACAAUGUCAAAGUGGAGAUUCCAUACAAUACAAAAUACAAGCGCCUCAAGAGGAAUCGAUUGAACAAAGAGCGUAUGGCUGCCGCAGCAGGCCUCGAUGCUUCUGGCGAGACGCAAGAAGACGUUACUUUUUACAUGUUGGGAGAUCUUUUCACCUCGCCGCAAGAACAUGAAGAGUGGCGACUGGACGACUGGCCACCGGAAGACGAAGCCAAGCAGGAGGGGGAAGCCUAUGAAUGGAUCCGUAUUGACGCCGAUUUUGAAUGGAUAUGCCGGACCAAUAUCGAAGACAUGCCGUCCUACAUGUACGUUUCGCAACUGCAACAGGACAAGGAUGUUGUUGCACAAGCAGAGUCGAUACAGUUUCUUGCCAACAAGGAGGGUCAUAAGCUGAUUUCUACUUUUCUGGUCAAAACGCUCAUGGACAAUCGAUACUUUCAUGGCAUACGAACAAUGGCAGCCAUGGUCCUCGCUCAGAGUGCGCUCAAGCGAACCGAGUGGGUUGGACUCUUCCACCUGAUGAAGGCUUUUCGUGAGCUCUUCUGUUUGCCGAACUCGCCAAUGACUCGAUCAAAUGACUUUUCUGAUCGCAGCAUGUAUCUGAUACAAUGCGCUAUUCCCAGAGCUAUUGCCAAGAUCAAGGGCGAAGACGGCAGGUCACCCCUAGAAGCCAAGCGUUUCCUCCUCGACCUGGUGCGAUACAACGACAACCGCGGAAACGAUUACAGCGAUGAUCACUACAUUGCUACACUGAUGCGAUGUCUAGCGGAAACUCUCACCAAGACAAACGUCAACUCUGAGCUCAGCCAUGAAGAAUGGGCCCAAGAACAAGACUUUAUGAACAAGGCCAUUGGAGAGCUUACCCGCCAUCAGAGACUCGAUGAAUGGAUUCCCACGUACCAAAACGUGUACACGACUACUGCGCUGGACUGUGCGUUCAAGCUGGUCACGAGCCGAGUCGUCCCUUUCAAGCCUACGGAAUUCAUGCAGUAUGCGCAACUAGGGAAUGCAGACAAUGUACGCUUGAAAGCGUGGGAAUGUCUCGUUCGCCUGGGCAUGUUCCGCAAAGAUUCGGUAAUGAGGUUCCUGGUUCACGAAAUCAAGUCGGAUCCCUCGCCAUACUUCAGGAAACAAAUGCUGCGCAUUUUUGGCCUUGCCAUUGGCCAGGUUGCCACGGGCGAUGUCUGGGCACCAGAGAAGGCUGCUGAGACGGCUGCAGAUACGCUCGUGGUUGAGAACGAAGCAAGCAAUGCCGAGCGCGCAUCAGCUCUUGCCCGUCAGACCCUUGAGGGGGCUCUGAAAGGUUUGAAGAGCGAUCUGCAAGGCCACCAGACUUUGCGUUCGGUUCUGGAGGAAGCUCUCAAGUCUACAGCACUGUCUCUCAAUGACGUGAUUGAGAUUUUGGACAUUUGCGACAUGAUCUUUGACGACAAAAAGGUCAACAAGCUACCCGUUAAACUGGCUCUUCCACGUUACUGGAGGAUAGAACACAUUGGAAAGGCAGUGUUGCGCUUCAAGCAGACCAACAAAUUUCGAACCACGCCCAAGCGGCCUGUGGUUGCCAAGGUUCCUGCACCUGUUCUUCCGGUUGCUCCGCCUCUUCCUGUACGAGAGCCAGUACCUCCGAUAGCGAAGCCACCUGGACAGCCCAAGCUGUCGCUCAAGAUUGGUGGUCUAAAGAAGAGUGCUUCAUCCCCUCCAUCAGGCAUCGACUCUGCCCCGGCGAAAUCACGAAGCCAGUCUAUUGUAUUUUCGCCCAAAAUCCAUCAUUCACCCUCCCCUAUUCCUCAGUCGACCAAGCCUUCUCCAGCGCCACAACCACAGCCAGUGCAUGUCCCCCCUCCUAUCUCCACUCCUGUCCCUGCCCCUGCAUCCGCUCCUACCCCUGGUCAACCGGAUUCUCGAGCUUCCACACCAGAGAUACCAUUGAUGCAGCAACCAAUGAAGAAAGUGGCCGCUCCAGCAGCAACACCCAAAGUAGCAACUCCGGUAGCAGCGCCAACGCCAACGCCAGCCGCGGCUCCAGCACCAACUCCAAAACCAAUUACCAAAACGCCAGUGCUUCCGCCAAAAGUUCCCUCAUCAGCUUCUGGUUCCAGCUCUGCACACGGAAGGUCAGCACCAACAACCGUCAAAAUUCCAAAAUCUGUUGCCACGCCUCCUGCCAUUUCAUCGCCGGUUCCGCUACCUGCUCCCAAACUCAAGAUCAAGACGAAGACUGCCAAUGGUUCAACCGUGCCAUCCAAACCAUCGAGUGCUGCUCCAUCGCCACGUCCCAGCGCCGUACCUGCGUCUCGACCGACCAUUGUUCCGCCAUCUCGCCCUGCUGGAGCUCCGCCACAUCCAGCCGCACGACCAGUCAUCAAGCACAAGAGAAGCAAAAUCGUCAAGCUACGGCUUCCACCACGUCUUCUCUCGCGCUUUACAGGCGAGCCCAAGAAGCGUAAGCUGAUUGUGAACCACGGUGAUGACGGAAGGCCAAUCAAGCGACAGAGUCUUGAUACGGGUGCGUAUGCGAAUGGAAAUGGCACUGGAAAGAGCGGUUUGGUUCGUGUGGAGCGGGGCGGUGCAGACAAACCGCGCUUGGUGGUCAAGUUGAAGGUUGGACGGGGAAAACUGCCCAUGGAUCGAAAGUCAUGAUUUCUUCGCUUAUCCGGAGGGGUCGACGAGCGACCAUUCUAACAUGACGGUAUUGAUGACUGUUGAGCGCUCUCUCACAUACACAGCAAACGAGACGAAAGAAGCAAAGCGACAGAGACAUUGAGAGAGAGAGAGAGAGAGAGAGAGAGAGUUGCGUGCAUUUCAUGGUGUUAUAAGGUAUAAGGUAUCAUGGUACCUUGGUUUUUCUUCUUCCUCUUCUUUCUAUCUUACCCGGCGACAUAUACGUCGUAUCCUUCCUUCC